AUGUCCACCACCUAUCGCAACACCCGUGGCAAAACCAUGGGCCCCAGGACCCACCCACCCCAAGAGGCCACAGCCACCGCCCACACAAACACGGACACAACUGGCAACAGCCCCAACCCCGACACCAACGUGACUUCGACGUCCAUUCACGCACCCGUUGCUACCACUUUCACUGCCUCGGGCGUCUCUGGCACGCUCACCGCCGCCGAGCACAUCAACCUCAUCACGUCGUGCGUCAUGAUCGACCAAAACGAACGCAUCAUUUCGCUCCUUUCCGGUCUUGUGCUGGACAAGUACGAUUUCGUCCCGCCUGAGAGCAAGCCGAGUCCCGAUGUUGCAGCGCUGUAUCGCCACGUUGAGAGUCUUAGGUUUGAGGUGCCUCGUACUGGAGCUGGAACAGGAACUGGAGCGACCAACGUCAAGGGCAAGGGGAAGAGUGCCGAGCAGGGGCAGACGUCCGAUGUGGAAAUGGAGGCUGGGCCAUGGCGUUACAAGUCAAACUGGCCCGACGACGAGGCCAGCUCGUCCGAGUGA